GAUUAAAUGAACAUGAAAUAAGCGCAUGUAUUAGCUUGUAAACCAACUGUAAAUUAUUUCAUGUACGAAUAUAUGUUGUAUAGAUAUGUCAUGCAACUUGUAGUUAUCAAUAUCAUGAACGAAUCAACGAUAGACCACUAUUGAAAACCUGGAAUGAUUGAACGACCGUCUCCUUCUAGUAUGGGACUCCUCAGCAGUGAAAGUCCGUGAUACCUCACGCGGCACUCGAACCGUAGACCUUCAAUCUCACGCAAACGCUUAACCAUCUAGACCACUGAGAAGGCAUCUAAAGGUACUAGUGUCUAAAUGCAACCAAUCCACGAUAUUGUGCAACCAUUUGUAAUUAAACAACAGUUCAAUGAUGAUUUAUUAUCAUUAAUGGUUCAAUGUAUUGUCAUUCUUAUAAGUUAUUCAUUUAAAUCAGUGAAAUAUCAGAAUGUUUGAAAUUAUGUAAAAGUUGUUAGAUGACUGAGCUUAUACUCUUUCCAAAUGUUCAACGAAUGACUCAACCCUAUAUCUUGGAUAACUCUAACCCUUCAAAUGUUGAUUUUGAGGCGGGAAAGAUUAAUAAAGUUCAGUGUUAUUGAGUUCUCGGAGCUGAAUAAUGGAGAAAUCAAUUUCACAUAUGCUCAGUUAGUUUGUUCUGACAAUACUGUUUACGACUAAAUGUUCUUUUAGGUCCCAUUAUGAUUGCUGGACCACUCAUAUUCCAAAGUGAAAUCUUGGAAGGAAAAAUCUAUCCACCUGUCAAUACAAGUCAAAUAAAUAACAGUAAUAAUACCAUCAGUAGCAAUGAGAACAAUGAAACAGUAGCUACAACAGUGGGCACUACUGAAGGAACUGGUGAUAUUGUGGAAAUACAAACUGAAACUUGUGAUGACCCAUUGGAAGAAUUUGUAUCUCCUGUACGUGGUACACCACGUUGUUGUCGUAAAUGUGAACCUGGCAAUGGUAUGUUACGUUUAUGCUCAAAUACAGAAGAUACACAAUGCCGACCAUGUAAACCAGGUUUUGAAUUCUCGCCUUUUAGAAGUGCAACAAAAAAAUGUUUACAGUGUCGACGUUGUGAAGAGCUCCAUCCAUUAGCGAAAACACGCAAUGAAUGCACUCCCGUAACAGAUACAAUAUGUCAAUGUGAAAAACCAUACUAUAUGUCAGAAAAGGAACAAACAUGUAAACCAUGCACUGUUUGCAAGCCUGGUGAAGGUAUAGUACAGGCAUGUGGUUGGAACUCGGAUACACAAUGUCAAUCAUGUCCAGCUGGUUUCUGGUCUGCACAAAGUAUCGAUAAUGUAAAGUGUAUACCUUGUCAAUCAUGUGGAAAAGAUCAAAUUUUAGUGAAAGAAUGUUCAUCAACAUCAGACACUCUUUGCUGUCCAGUAAACAAUCCCAACUGUACACACGAAUUGUCAAUGUAUUUCGACUAUUCAGCAUACGAUCAAGAAUCGGAUAUAUCAGACAAUAAUAACAAAUCCAAUCAAAUGUUGCCAAUUUAUUGUUCCAUCAUGGGUUUAAUAAUUAUUUCAUUAUUAUGUUAUGUUGUAUACAAAUUAUGGCGACAAAGAGAAGCAUCAAAAAAUUCCAAAUUAACUGAUUCGUACAAUAGUAACAAAACUGAUUUAUUAGAUAGAACAUCUUGUCUAGAUCAUAAUCAUUUACAACAUCGAAGAAUUUCAUCAGGUUUCGUAAAUAAUAACGCUCAUUUACCAAAUAAUUCACCUCAGUCUGCAACUGAACUUAAUAACACUGUUGAUUCAACACCCGAUAACGAUAUUAAUAAUCAUCUUCAAUUUAAUGAUAUUAUUGUUGGUCAUGAAAAAGCACCAUUACUUGGAAAAUUAGAUCAUUCAAAUAGCUCAUUUAAUAAUUUUGAACAACAACCAAUAACGGUAAUCCCAAUGAAUAUAUUAGGAGUUAUUUGUUAUCGUUUAUCUCAACAUGGAUGGCAAGAACUGGUUAAUAUACUGGAUUUAGAAACAAGCAAAUUUGAUCAUUUACCUUCAGAAAUAACAUCAGACUUAUUAUCAGCUACUAUGGGAGCUCAAACAACUGCUGAAUCUCAUUUAAAACAAUGUAAUCAAGAUAAUUCUAAUACAAUACAACCAAUCACUAAUAAUAAUAAUAAUAACUUAACAAUGACCGUUUCAAUGUUUCAAUAUAUGUGCCUACAGAAUACAGUAAAUUUAGGUCAACUAAUGAAUUCAUUACAAAAACUUAAUCGUCCUGAUCUUGUCUCUUUAAUUCAACAACAAAUUGGAAUAAUAAAAUCAAAAAAAACUAUAAAUCAAUCAAAUGAAGAAUAUAAAACUAAAACAAAAUCAAUAAAAUCCAAAGAAAAUUUUCAAAUAGAAAAUUAA